ACAUUAACCAAUGGGAUGGCGAAUCCGUCGGUCGAAGUUGGGGAUGUCGUUCGCCAUUUUGAAAAUACGAAAGAUACUUCAUAUGAAUCGUUGAUGAAGUUGUGAUUAUUUUAAUAGAUUGUUUGUUUGAAAAUUAGACGUCGCCAAUAUGGAAGUGGUUAGAGCAUUCAAUAACGAGCUUUCGUCUUUGUAUGAAUGUAAGCCACCUAUAUCAAAGGCUAAAAUGACUCAAGUUACGAAAGCUGCAAUUAAGGGGAUUAAAUUUUAUAAACAUAUAGUACAAAGUGUUGAAAAGUUUGUUCAAAAGUGCCGUGCAGAAUAUAAAGUGCCAGGACUUUACGUCAUUGAUUCUAUUGUACGACAGUCUAGACAUCAGUUUGGUUGUGAAAAAGAUGUAUUUGCACCUAGAUUUACUAAGAAUAUAACUGCAACUUUCCAAAAUCUUUUUAAAUGUCCUUUUGAAGAUAGACCAAAAAUUGUUCGUGUAUUAAAUCUUUGGCAGAAGAAUAAUGUUUUUCCGAGCGAAGUCAUUCAGCCACUUCUGGAUAUGGCUAAUCCAAAUGCUCCAGUAUUUCAACAAACACCUCCCAGCGGAAAUGACAAUUCUGGUAGUAUUUCAGUGAAACAUAAAGGAAUGGAUAGUGCACCGUGGAAAACAUGGAGUCAGAACAAUCAACAUUCUGAUAGCGCUUUAACGGAGUCUCAUUCAUUUCAAAAUUCAGAAGCUAACUGUGAAAACUACCAAAAAAAUAACUCUACACAUGAAGGCAGGUGGAGAGUUAGGAAGGAACCAAUAGGUAGUGAAGUAAAUAAAAUUAAGAAUGAAGAUAGUGGCACACAUCUGCAAGUAGAUACGGUAUUAUUAACAAGGUUACAAGAAAUAGCCGGACAAUUACUUGUUACAAAAACUGAAGAGACCAGGGCUGAAGAAAGUACUGUAAAAUUUAAUAAAGUAAGUAUUUAUAUUUUCAAUUGUUUAAAAGUUUUAUUGCAUUUUCUACUAUUAAAAGUCAGACGUACAAAUUAUGCGAUGAUAAUCAAUUUAAUCUGAACUAGGCACAAGCACACAGGUACAGAUUUGAUAUUAUUCAUUUUUAAUGUAGUUUAUCAUCUAAAGGUUCAUCAGAAAAAAAAUUAUAACAUACACAGAGAAAUUAAA